AUGUUGGCGCGAGUUUGUCAAGUCGGCGAGGCAGAGGGGACAGACAACUGUUGUCACGAGGCGACAGAAUCGUGCGAUGCGUGUUUACAUGUUGGCGAGGCAACUAUUCUCGGACUGAUCGGGCCCAGGGAAAGAACAAAUUUCGCUUCGGCUGCGCCCACAAACGGCAAACAUCAACCGCUUUCGCGAACAGCCCCAACCGAGUUGGGAGAGCAGACGCGGCGAAAGACAACUGUCUGUCACAUUUCACGGAAACUAUGCAAAGCGAUCGCGGGAUCACAACUAAAAGCCGGCUUGCAACAGAUUGAAGGAUGCCGGAUCGGACGACAUCUUCAUACGCUCACCCGCGCAGCCCGUCGCCUCGGCUCUUCUGGUCGUUUAGUUCCAUUUCCUCUUCUGGCAAAAUGGACAAACCGACCUGUGAAUAGGCCCAUUUUGUGCUCAAACGCUAAGCUUCACUCGUUUCGAAUAGACAGUAACAUACUACUAACGAUGAUUUAA